CUUCUGCAACGUGUGGAAAUGGGCGGGACAAAGAGUGAAAGAGUCGCGCCCGAGACCACACCAUCGCCGAGGGCCAAUGGCAGAGUUGAGUGCGCGCGCAGAGCAUCAGGCCAGUUCUCUACUGUAAGUCUGUAAAGUGUAAACUGUAAAGUAAAGCGUAUAUAAACUGUUGCCCUAGUCGAGCAGAUGCGUUCGGUUGACAAGGUCGUGUGUGUUUAUCGAUAAUGAAAAACUAAGUGCACUUGCGAAUUUGCGAUUCAUUAUUAAUAGGUACAACAUCGUCUAUUAUUUAUAUUUCGAAUCGGUGUAUGCGCGUGAAUCCCCGAGUUUAAAAGUAUACGCGCUACUGUAUAUAAAUAAUAGGUACACAGAGAUCGUAAAAAGAAAACAAGAGCGUCGAUCGAAGGCUGCAGUAGAGAGGAUUUAUUUUUAAAUUUUCCAACCGACGUCAACAUCCGCUCGUACCGCGCGUCGGUAUAACAGUCGCAACUUGUGACAGGCAUACUAGCAAUAAACAAAUACGCCUGACAGCAAACGAAAAGCGUCGUCUGCUCUCUCGCUCUCUCGAGUCUCGAGCAUCAUUGCAAGAAGACCCUCACAUCUCAUAGCGGCAGCAGCGGCGGCUGACGCGAUCAUAUCGUGCGACGUCACACUUGCGGGGGUCGUCGCUCCUGGAAGGGGAAAUCCAUCGUAUAGAAACAAUUCGCAGAGCGACUAGCAGCGCGCGCGCAGAGCAGCUGUGCCAGUCCAACCGAGUGUAAGUAAAGUAAAGCAUCGCACACAGCGAGAGAACAAUAACAGCGAGCCAUCAGUGUUUACGUUAUAAUAUAUAUAUAUAUAUAUAUAUAUAUAACCUUCCUGUCGCGUGUACAUGUUUUCGUUCGCGCUCGUUGCGCGCGUGGGUGUCAGCACAACCGAAUAUAAAUAAGUAUACAGAGGAAUAAAGAAAGAUGAAUCUGUCGUUCGCGGGCUGCGGCUUCCUGGGCAUCUACCACGUCGGCGUAGCCGUCUGCUUCAAGAAGUAUGCGCCCCACCUGCUGCUCGAGAAGAUCAGCGGCGCAUCGGCCGGGGCCAUUGCAGCUUGCUGUCUGCUGUGUGAUCUACCGCUAUGCGAGAUGACGAGCAAUUUGUUGAGGCUGGCGAGGGAAGCGAGGCAACGAGCGCUUGGACCGUUCAGCCCUUCGUUCAACGUCCAGGAGGUGCUUCUAGAAAGUCUCCAGAAGUUUCUGCCGGAGGACGCUCACCUUCGCGUCAGCGGAAAGCUUCACAUCUCUCUCACGAGAGUCUACGAUGGGAAGAACGUCAUCGUGUCCCAGUACAACUCCAGAGAGGACUUGCUGCAGGCGCUGCUCGCAAGCUCCUUCAUUCCGCUAUUCUGCGGUCUGCUACCCCCGCGAUUCCACGGCAUCCGGUACAUGGACGGCGGUUUCAGCGACAACCUACCGACCCUCGACGAAAAUACGAUAACCGUCAGUCCCUUUUGCGGGGAGAGCGAUAUCUGCCCCCGAGACUUUUCGUCGCAACUGUUCCACGUCAAUCUGGCCAACACGAGCAUCGAGCUUUCCAGGCAGAACAUGUACAGGUUCGCCAGAAUUCUCUUCCCACCGAAUCCAGAAAUUUUAUCGAACAUGUGCAAGCAGGGAUUCGACGACGCUCUGAGAUUUUUGAAUCGCAACAAUCUGAUCAACUGCAAUCGAUGUCUGGCGGUACAGUCGACGUUCGUCGUGUCCGAAACGCUAGAGGAGAGCGCCGCGGAAUACGAUCCCGACUGCGUCGAAUGCAAGAUGCACAGACAGGAAGCGUUGGUGGCUAAUCUGCCGGAGACGGUGAUGAUGAUCUUCCAAGAUGCGAUUGACUCGGCGAACAAAGGCCUCGUCAAUUGGCUGUUCAAGCACAGAAGCGUGAAACUGUUGUCUCUCUUAAGUCUUCCUUACAUACUUCCAGCCGACGUCGUGUACGCCACAUUUACAAAAUUCAUUUCAAAUGCACCAAAACUCCAGAGAGGUCUAAUAGAAAUGAGCAGAUAUUUCUUGGAACAGCUGAGUCUUGUUUUCCCGAAAAUUAACGUCUCUUAUCAACCUAUUCCACAGACAAUCAAAUGUCAUGUCAACAUCAUGAAGUAUGGAUCAAAUAUCUACGAUGUUGGAUCAAUGGAUGACUCUAUGUAUAAACAGCACAAAGCCAACUUAAACUUAACUUUGGAGUAUAAUGACGCCAAAUCGUGGCAAGAUUGUAAUCAAUCAACCAAUUGUGUUAUAAACAUGUCAGAUCUAGAGGCAACAACAACCGACGACACUUUCGAAAAUAUACUACAAGCUACAUCUGAUCAAGAUGCACUAUAUUAUUACCCGGAUAAUGAAGACGAUAAUGUAAGCAUCGCAGAUAUAUUUGACGAGAAUAACGAAUCCAUAGAACCUAACGAACAACAUUCUAGAUUAUCAGAAGUUCAACAAGAGCCCAAUGAUUCAUGCAAAUCAGAUUGGAUGGUUAAAAAAAAUGAAAGGAAUCGCAUUUAUCGAAAUGUAAGUGAAUCUUCCAAUUCAUCAACCGAAGAUAAAACAAAACUGGAAUCCCAAAGCAGUUCUCCAGAACAAACCAUUGAUUCACAUCGAUUAUUCAAGUCGAAUGAAGUAAACAAUACCAUGACAGUAGAUUCUUGAAAGUAAACAGUGAACAGUUUAAAUUUAAUUGAACGAAUAUCCGAGCAGGAGUCCGUGAUGGGCUUUCCGGGCAGAAUAUUUUGUAGCAGAGAAGACAAAUAUCAAAUGCCAUGACUAACUUAAGUAAAAAAUAUUAAAUAUUUUUUUGCUAUAAAAAUCGAAAACGCGUAUGCAGUAUUUGUUGUUCUUCGGUAAACGAGUAGAAAUUAGAAACUACAGAUUCGUUGCAUAGUCGAGUCAAGAAAGCUGCAGUUAAAAGUAAAUUUUUAUUUUUAUGCAGUAAGUAGUCAUGAUUUAAUUUAAAAAAAGUAAAAAGCAACGACUUUUCGUACUUUUUUAAAUAUCUAGUUCAAUGAAAUGUUGCUAUACUGACGCACAGCUGGGUCUGAGUGUCGUUAAUCAAUGCAAAACUAUAUUUUUAAUAGUAAUUUUUAUUUGACAAGCAAAAGCGGGACGCCAAAUGACAAUCAUAUUCAUUUUGCUCGUCGACGAUAUGGACUUGUCAACUUAGCGAUUAGAAUCAAUUGUGUAAGUUAUAAUGACGUACUUUCUAUGAGUUUUAUUUAUUUGCGUCAAGUGUUCAAGAUAUUUAAUAUAAAAUCUAAAGAAUGCGUUUUUAGGCACUGCUCGUUAGGUAUAUUUAUUUUUAAGGCCAAUUUAUGUAUAGGUAUGCAAAUCAAUAUAAAAUUUUUCAGAUUCUGAUCAUGAUAAACAUUUUCUCUUUCUUUCUAAAUACUAAUGCGUGCCUUAUCUAACGUGUGACUUUUUUUAAAGAAAUCGGUUGAAGAAUUUUUUUUAAAGAAAAGAACAACAUUCUUAAUUAUAUGAGACUGCGUUUUUAUUUAGUGAUUUAAGUAGGUAUUUGUUGAUUCAGUAUAUCAUCUCUUUCCAAGCAUUGUUUUUAAACAUAAAAUUUACUUCAUUGUUGUACUGAAUUUAUAAAUACGUGAAAUGUAGUAUUUUAAGACUUAGAAUGUAUGAUUUUUAUUACCACUAACAAGGUCAAGGGUAUAUAGAAAAUGUCAUUCUUAUAGACCGAUCAGUAAAUGUACACAAAUUUCUAUUUAUAUAAUUUGUAUUUUCAUUUGUUUAUGAAAUUGAAAAUUGUAAAAAUGUAUCUUAGUGAUGAUAGAGUUCACUCUUUGAUUUUCAAUUUUCGUCUUAUCAAUUAUUAUAUUUUAUACCCGACGCUGUAAAACCAUGCAAUUCUUAUGUCUAUUUUUAAUAUCAAUAAUAAACGAAAUAAUUAAAACCAAA